AUGGCUGAAUCGAUAAUCUCUGUUCUUCCUCAUGAAAUCAUCAUAGAGAUCCUCUUAAAGGUGCCACCAAAGUCUCUGUUGAAGUUCACGUGUGUUUCAAAAUUAUGGCUUGAACUAAUCUGCACCGCGAAGUUUAUAAAAAACCAUUUGGAAUUAACUGCUAAUGACAAAGAAUACAGCCACCACAGGAUUAUUUUUCAAGAAUCCACAUGCAAUUUUAAGUUAUUCAAUGUACCUUGUUACAAGUCGAAUAAGGAUGAAAUUUUACUUUUACUUCCCCCCAUUAUCAUGACAUAUAACGGUUUAACCAGACAAGUAGAGGUUGCUGAUCAAUUUGAGGAAUGUGCUGCCUUUCGGGAUUGGAUUUAUCAGGUGUCCAACAUGAGGAUUGUCGUCAAUAUUUACAGCUUGAGGACUGAUUCUUGGACAACACUUCAUGACCAGCUUCAUGGCAUCUUUAUAAUAAAUCAUUCGGCAGACGAGACAUGGGGAUGCUUGGAGCUUUCCGUUUGUGGAGAAGACAAUUCUAAUAUCAAACUGGGAGUAGUAGGAAGUGCUUUCUGUGCUCUAUUCUUGCCAUCUAGGUACUACUACUUCUGAUGU